AUGACGAAAAAAAUAGAUCAAGUAAAAGACAAUGCUACCGAAAUAUGGAAAACACUUAAAAGUAUCUUAGAUUCGAAAGGAAAAGAGGAUUUUAAAGAUGAAAUACUAUUCAGUGGAAAACUGGUGACGGGUGGGGAAAUAUGUGAGAGGUUCAAUGAGUUUUUCAUAGAUAGUAUUGGGAACAUUGCGAAGAGUAUAAAUCACACUAAAACACCCAAAGAAACUGUGGAAAUCAUAAGUAUCCAAAGUAAAAUGGAGAAGUUCGAUAGCUCAGAUGGCAUUACCAUUAGUGUACUUAAAGCAGCAUUUGAAACAAUAUGA